CAGUAGUAAACAAAUGGAAAUGAAAUUGUAAAUACGUCAACAAACAGAACAAAUCAUGGCAUAAGUGCCAUAAGUAAUGCAACUUUGAGAAAUGACUGUACCCUAAUAGUAUUGCGUCCUUAACUUAAAUCGUGUUAGACCUGUGUUAUUCUUAGCCUGGAUUCUCUGCAGUUUUACGAAAGAUGAGAGAAGAACAUGAACACUCAUAAAUUUGAGUUCACUUCUCUGCGGCAAGAAUUCGAAGGUAUUUUCGGUUUCCAUCUUAUUAAUAUUUCUAAACUAAAGUUAAAGAUUAAAGUGAAUGAAAGUCGAAAGCCGAAUGAAAGCCUAAAGAAAGUUUACUGAGUUUAAUUAAUAUAGGCAAUAUUCAGUACAUGGCCUAUAACAAUACUGCCCAUUGUGAGUGAUAGUUAAUAGCUUUUUUAGCAGUGUAGGCUUAUAACUUAUACUUAUAUUAUAGUAUACUACUUAUAAUAAUUAUAUGGACAUAUAUAAUUAUAUUAAUAAUAGGCCUAUAUGAGUAUAUUUCCUAUAGGCCUAGUAAUGACAGUGACAAUAAUAUCUCGAAUAUAGUAUAGCGAGGGUUAGAUGACAAGUAGAAAUACAGAAAAGAAGGAUUUGCUAUAUUUAUAUAUAUUUUAAAGCUUAAUUAUAAUCAGGCUUAUUAAUAAUAUAAACCUUCCGCACAGUUUUAAUUAAAAUAAUCAAAGUGGCUAUUCGGACCCGGCUACCGAAAGUGAGAGGUUGUGAUUAAAAAAUGUUUAAAAUAUUAUUGUUGGGUUUGUAAGAUAAAAUUUGGUAUAGAAUGAAAGAUAAUUGAAUGUAAUAUAUGUUUGUAAACUUAAUUCUUCAGUUCAACUAAAAUAAACUACCGCAAAAGACAUCCGACUAUGACUAAUUAAAAUAAAGUUUUUAAUUAAAAUGGCAGAUGGCAGGGUGAGAUGUACUCUCCUUAACAUAAUUUAUUAUUCAAUGAGUUAAGUAAUGUAAGUAUGGACUGCAGUAAGGUUUUUUAAUAUAUUUUUUAUUCAUAAUAUUAUUAAUAAUCAUAACAUCAGUGAUUCAUGUAUUGCAACUUAAUUCAACUGAGACCAUUAACGUGAAUUAGGUUUUGUGUAUUGUUUGGAUUUCAGUAUCAUGACAUGUUCUUUACAUUUUGUAUGAAGUAGUACUGUUUAGGCUAGGCUAAGGCCCAAUGAUUUAUUAUUUUUAAAAAUACAAGAAAGAAAAAAAAUAUUUUUUUUUAGGGCUAUGUCUAAUGUAUCCAAUUAUAUUAAUUAACUGAGACAAUAAGAUAGAGUAUGCCUGGUGACAUUUAAACAAAAAUAUUGAAUGUAUUUAAGAAAACAAUUGGUAAGACAAGGAUACAUAAAGAUGUUAGGGUAAGAAAUUGCUCAAUGCAUUACCAUUUAUCAAAAGAUUGUUUUCAUAUCAAUCCUUCUAGUUUGUAAAUUGUUAUUUUACGUUGGAAGAACUUUGUUUCAUCAUCAUGUACCAUGGUUUGACCAACCACUGCCUAAGACCAUUAUUCAUUUUUUAAACUGGUAUAUGAAAAUAGAUUGAAGGGAAGAAAUAAUUGGACAAAAUGUUAUUAUUAUGAAAGUUAGCAGUUUUUCAGAUAAUGUUUGUGUUUUGAAAAAUGCAUAUCAAAGUUGUUAUAUUUGAGCUUUUUAUCUGUCAAGGUCACCUAAGAGGCCAUCCAUAUAUGACAUCAUACUAUUUUGUCCAAUUUUUUAACCUCCCCCAAUCAUCACGAAUUCAUCACAGAACGUAGACCCCCAUAAUACAUCAUCAACAAUUUUUGACUCCUCAACCUUUCACUUGGUGAAUAUCAUACAUUUUAGAAUAUAAAUUUCUUUCUUUUUUACUUAUACAAUUUAUGAAGCGGAGUUAAUUUUGUUAACAAUUAUUUGCUUUUCUGUUAGGAGGAGAUCAAGAAGUAUUUGUUUUAGACCAGAAGGAGAAGCAUGUGGUGUCAGUUCCAUUUGUCAAUCAAUGCUACUCAUGGGACUGUGGCUUGGCAUGUGUGUCCAUGAUUCUCAGGUUUGCAGUCAGAUACUGUUUUUAAAAUGACUCCAUGGUCAACAUGGUUGAUGUUCAUUCUGGUGUUCUGGUAUGCCAUUGGCAGCAAUAAACAAUUUUUAUAAUGAUGACUGAAAUUAUGUAUUAAUUUUUUUUUUUUAAUCUGAUAUAAAUUUUGAAUUCUCAUGAUGUUUAUCUCGUAUCAUUUUUAUCAUAAUUAAAAAUAUGCAUAGUUAAAUAUGAAAUUACACACUAUUGCAGCUAUAAACAUCUAUUACAAAAUAGUAACAAUUGUGAAUAGAUUUUUUUGAGAAAGCCAUGCUGAAUAGUUUGUAAAAAUCUUCUUUAGUUUUUAAUAAAUUCCAAUCCUGCAUUGCUAUCUAUAAUUUGGUUUAUUUAAAUGUUUAAAAUCUGAAUUAAUUUUCUUUUCUCUGUAUGUCAGAAUGUUUAAUGAGCCUUGUGAUGAUGUAUACACCAAGGACCUUGAUUCACUGCAGUGUGGAGAAAGGUAAAGAUAGAUGCACAAUUUUGAUGGACAUUUUUGAAAGAUCUGACUGAUGUACAGUUUCUUGAAAUCUAAAUUAAUUAUUCUUUUGUCUUAAUUUCCAAUCAAUUUUCCUUACAGUAUUUGGACUAUUGAUUUAGCUUAUAUUUUAAAUCGGCACAAUGUGGGAUCAUGUCUUUACACCAUCACUCUUGGUGUCAACACUGACCACAGUAAGAAGGUAAUUUUCAUGAAUUUAAAUAAAAACAUCUUUAUGCACAUUUUAAGUUUUCUUUUUAUACAUUAUCUUCAAAUUCGAGUUAAUUUCAUUUAAUCAAUUAUUGGUGUUUUUUUUUAAUUCUUUUUUGACAUACUUUUGUAUUUAUGAUGAUUUUAGUGACAUAAAGUACAGUCACAAUGAUGUGAUAAGUUCAGUUAAAUGACAUGAUUUGUUUGUGUGUUUUUAAAAUUAAUUAUUUUUUUGUUAGGACUUCAUUUAUGUUAUCCAAUUUAUAUUUAAAUUUUUUUGUUUUUAUCAUGUUCCCUGACAUUAAAUUACUCUUAUUCCAGUCAUUCUACAGGAAAAAUUUCUCAAUUGAUGAAUUGAGAGUUAAAAGUAUGUUUGAGAAUGCACAUCAGCAUGGUGUAUUAGUUCAAAAAAGGUGGGUAGCAUAUUAAAGAUAUUUAAUGUAUGUACAUGUGAGUGUGUAUAUAAUAAGAUGAUUUCUUCUUAUUCAUAUUGUCUAAGAAAUGUCACCCAUUGAGACUUGUCUUUCAGUAUUUUGUUAAAAUGAAAAUUAUCAUUGAAAAAAUGUUGGGAAUAUAGUUAAUCACUUCAUGGGCCAUCUGUGACACCAGCUUUAGUGGGGAAUAUAGUUAAUCACUUCAUGGGCCAUCUGUGACACCAGCUUUGGUGGGGAAUAUAGUUAAUCACUUCAUGGGCCAUAUGUGACACCAGCUUUAAUGGGGAAUAUAGUUAAUCACUUCAUGGGCCAUCUGUGACACCAGCUUUAGUGGGUAAUAUAGUUAAUCACUUCAUGGGCUAUCUGUGACACCAGCUUUAGUGGGGAAUAUAGUUAAUCACUUCAUGGGCUAUCUGUGACACCAGCUCUAGUGGGGAAUAUAGUUAAUCACUUCAUGGGCCAUCUGUGACACCAGCUUUGGUGGGGAAUAUAGUUAAUCACUUCAUGGGCCAUCUGUGACACCAGCUUUAGUGGGGAAUAUAGUUAAUCACUUCAUGGGCCAUCUGUGACACCAGCUUUGGUGGGGAAUAUAGUUAAUCACUUCAUGGGCCAUCUGUUACACCAGCUUUAGUGGGGAAUAUAGUUGAUCGCUUCAUGGGCUAUCUGUGACACCAGCUCUAGUGAGAUUGACAUUUAUUUGCUUAUGAUAAGAAACCAGAACAUCCACGUCUCUGGAGGAAAAUUCAGGAAAUUGUGGAACCUAAUAUUUUUAGGUUUGAAAUGAAAAGAUAGCACAAUUAAAAGGACGUUUUGGCCAGACCAGGCAAAACAGAUCAAAAUACAAUAAUUUAAUUUGGACAUGUUUGACCUAGAACUUAGCUGCAGAAUAUUCUGGCUAUGUGUACAAGAUUAUAUGGAACCAGAUCACGGCAGUAGAUUACAAUGUCAGCUGUCUAAUAAAAAUUGCAGUAGACCUGACAGUCAACAAUACACUUAAAUUUAAAAUCAUCUAAAAUGUGCUUAAAAAAAUGUUAAGUUCAAAGAAAAAAUUUAGUAGGGUUCAAUUUUUUGGUCAUUAAGGUCUUAAUAUAUUUUGUCCAGGUUUUUUUUUUUUUUUUAAAGCCUUGUGCAUUAAAUAACUAGAAGUAAGAAAGAAUAUUUUUUGUGUACUCUUUUGGAGCAUUUCUCAAUGCUAAAUCAAGAAAUAGACUUUUUAAGUCACUGAGAUGGUGGGGUAGAGGGUUAUUGGGACUGAGGGUCAGAGAGUGCAGGUGCUGAGAUGGUAAGGGAUCGUUAUGGGGCGAUGAGGUGGGAGAGUGCAGGUGCUGAAAGGUAUGAGGUUGUUAAUGGCCGAGAGGGUCAGAGAGUGCAAGUUCUGAAAUGGUAAGGGAUCGUUAUGGGGCGAGGGGGUCAGAGAGUGCAGGUGCUGAGAUGGUUAGGGAUCGUUAUUGGGCGAGGGGGUCGGAGAGUGCAGGUGCUGAAAUGUAAGAGGUUGUUAAGGGCAGAGGGGGUCAGAGAGUGCAGGUUCUGAGAUGGUUAGGGAUCGUUAUGGGGCGAGGGGGUCAGAGAGUGCAGGUUCUGAGAUGGUAAGGGAAAAAUAGUCUUAGAAAAUUUUCUCUGCAUUAUGCACUUGUUUCCAUAUUUUUUAAAAGAUCAGAAGGCAAUAUUUAACAACAUUAUGACUCUGAAUAGCCUAACUGGCAAUAAAUAACAAACCUCUCAUUGGACAACCUAUCUUGGAUUCAUCCAAACUUUACAAAAUGUUAUUACCUGAUAGCUGUUCAAAGAUUACUGUUAGGAGCUGUUAUAAGAUUUAGCAAAUUUAUUAAGUUGUUCUAAAAUUUGGCUGGUCAGAUGAACAAUGCCUAGCAAAGGACUGAAAACAAACAUACAAGGAAAAUAAGACGCCAAAGCUAGCGAUUUUAACAAUAAUCAAUUUAAUGAUACUAUUAAGUUGAUAUAAAAAUACAAAUUCAAAUCUAGAGAUGUAAAAACUAUCUUAACUUACAGCACAGCUAGUGCAAAAGUAUAAAACUAAAAAGGCGUAAAAAUUAAUCCACACACAAACGUCACUGCCUCACACCGGAUAUGGUGGAAAAAACAAACUUAGACCUAUAACAAUUACCAUCAUAUUCUUUUUGAGAAGCCUCUUAACGGCUCAAACAAUCAAAUAACAUCAUGUUGUUAUCACCAUCACAGAUACCUCACCAUUGAUGACCUCAUAAAACACCUUGAGAAGAACAACCCCAUCAUUGUACUGGUUGACUGGACCCUCAUGAAGUGUUUGUGGUGCGAGAGCACAGUAAGUCAUAGUCACUGUUUUAUGAGUUUUUAAAUGUGUAGCUCUUUUUAUAUCAGUAUUGAAAAAAAAUAUUUUUUUGAUAUACCAUCCAAGUUAAGGUGGAAGAUAAAACUAAGUGAAUGAAAUAACGAUUUCACCAUUGCGAAGUAUGUUAUUAGAAUGAAAUUUCUCUUGCAGAUUGUUUAUCAGCCAUUUUUUAACUAGCAAAACCAACAAAAACUGGCUGAUUCAUUGGAAUUCACACCAUUUUAAUUUUGUGAUUUUUACGGCUUACCGAAAAAAAAAAAGAAAUGAGUAAAACAAAGUAUGGGCAAACCUGAAAAAGGAACGCAAAAAAACAACGAACGUGUCGACAGGAAGCCCUUGUCAGCGAACAAACAACAGAAAAAACAGAAUUAAAUUAAAAAGUAACACUUAGCUGAUAAGUAGCAUCCGAGAGGGCAGCAAAAGAAUUCUUGCUGACACGUUCUUUGUUUUGUUGCGUUCCUUUUUUCAGGUUUGACCAUACUUUGUUUUACUCAUUUAUGCUAACCUGAAUGCAGUCCCACCCUUCAUUACCAAAAAAAAGUUGUUUUCUCAAUGUCAAUGAAAGUCCAAGGUAUACAAACCGCUCAAGCAAAAAAAAUCAAAUGAUGGAAUGAGAGAAUAGGAAAAUUAUAAUUUAAUGAGGAUUUGUUAUUUUUGACAUAAGAUCAAGUCCCAAAAUCAUCAUAUGAUUGGUGACUCCAUGGUUUAUCUGUAUCACUCGCUGAUGAAUGCAACAUUAGUAACUGAUUAUGAAUAUAGCAUUAGUCACUGAUUGAUGAAUGUAACAUUAGUAACUGAUUAUGAAUAUAGCAUUAGUAACUGAUUAUGAAUAUAGCAUUAGUAACUGAUUAUGAAUAUAACAUUAGUAACUGAAAAUGAAUAUAACAUUAGUAACUGAAAAUGAAUAUAACAUUAGUAACUGAUUAUGAAUAUAGUAUUAGUAACUGAUUAUGAAUAUAGCAUUAGUAACUGAUUGAUGAAUGUGAUGUUAGUAACUGAUUAUGAAUAUAGCAUUAGUAACUGAUUAUGAAUAUAGCAUUAGUAACUGAUUAUGAAUAUAACAUUAGUAACUGAUUAUGAAUAUAACAUUAGUAACUGAUUAUGAAUGUAACAUUAGUAACUGAUUGAUGAAUCCAACAUAAGUGAACACUUAUAAUUCCAAAUGCCUUAUAGUUGAGGAAGUGCUGGUCCUGCGUCACCUGUAACAAGGGACCUUAUCAAGGUAAUUGUCUAAUUAUUCUAUGAAAUAUAUGAAGCAUUGACUUUUCAAUAUUUUAUGCACUUGUUUAAACUGUCAACAAUUGUCAUGCUCUCUCCCCUCCCCCCCCCUCCCUUCUUUGCAGUGGACAUUUUUCUAAAUAUCAAAUAGGGCAUUUUAUAAUGCAAUACAUCUACAACCACAGAAGGCAUUAGACAAAAUGUCAUAUGUGAUCAGAUUACAUUGACCUAAUGUCAGUUAAUUUUUUUGUCAUUACGUGUCAGAGUUUUGACUUCGCAGAAAAUCUACUGAACCAAAUUCACUGGAAAUCAUUCCAAAUAAAUAUAGAAUAUUAAAAAGUAAUUCCAAUCCAUGUUUUUUUUUUGCUUCAAAAUGAAUGUGGUCAACUUGUUUUUUUCUCACUGAUUUUUCUUUCAGGUCAUUUUGUUGUAGUUUGUGGCUAUGAUAUCAAUAAAGCUCAUAUUUUCUACAAAAACCCAGACUCCCAUCAUCAUGGUAAGUGUUAAAAGCAAAGAGUCAUUGGACAGUGGACAUGUUUUCAUAUGUCAGCUCCAUUCUGUGUUUUAAUAAGGAUGGUUUAGAUGUUAGCUCCAUUCUAAGUUUUUGUAAGGAUGGCCUAUAUGUUAGCUAAACGAAGACAAAAUAGUUAUCAGCCUAUUGUCACAGAACGGUUGUUACGGAGGAGGGCUCCGGUCCUGACUUAUCACCAACUAUACUGACUUAGCAGUGGUCAGUACAGGACCGCUCCUCUUUGUGAUUUAUAUUGUGGGUAUCUAGGCGUUGAGACAGACAAAAGCACAACGUAGACUUGGACGAAAUGCAACAACUCAAACUCCAGGUGUCCAACGAUAAUGAAAGUAUGUUUAUUUCUAAGAUAUAAGUUUCUUCUAUCAUAUGUCGUCUUCUGGUCUCUAGCAAGUAUUCCCUAACAACUGCUCAGUUCUAUCGUAGCUCUUUUCUCUCUCUCUUUCCUCAACUAAUCCGUAGUUCUUCUCUAUCUUCCUCAACUAACUACUGUCGCUCCUUUUCCUCUUCCUCAACUACGUCGUACCUCUGUUCACUCUCCCUCAACUAACUCAACUCCGUGAAAGCUCCCUCUUAUAUGUGAUCCUCUACCCCCCAUAGGUGGUCCAGGAAUGCUAUCUAUAAACACACCCAUGCCCCCUAAUUUCGGUCAAUUAGACCUUCCCAUUGUUAACCCAAAAAUUAUCAUGCGAAGUCUGGAAAACCCGAACAUACUAUUAUCCAAAGAAACAAUCCCCACUAUACCAAGAUGUGAGAGUCCAUUAACCUUAACUUAACCCCAUUAACAGCAGUUUCCUUCCAUCCUAUAAGUUACCUUAACAACAAUGGAGCUCUGUCCUAUACCCCCGCCCCAGUCAUUUGUGACACCUAUUGCUCAGCUUCUGACGUAGUUUAUCUUCGGAUGUGUUUUUUUUCUGUGUAACCAGUACCCUAGUGCACUUAAACUAAGACUUUUCUCAUAGCUUCUUGUGAUAUUUCAUUGACAAAAUGAGAGCGCCUCAAACUGGAACUGGUACACAAGCCAGCAGUGGCCAGUCCACAAUAGAUGAAACGAAAUAAUCAAUACAUUUGUUACUGUUCCCUUCAGGAGUGUAGAUCAGGGGCUGGAGAACUUUUUUAGCCAUUACCCAAAAAUAUAUUCAUUUACGCCGACAUUACCCCGUCGAAUGGAACGGAAGAAAAUCAUUGGCUAUUAAAAUUCAAAUUUUUUUUUCUAUGUAUGUUUAUGGAGAAUCGAGUUGUAAAUAUAAUUGUUAAAGUACAAAAUAAAUUCAGUAAAGUAAAUGAACAAAAUCUUCACUUUUACCCAAAGAAGAAAAAUUUCUUUGAACAAAUUGAAAAUGGAGAUUUGUUCAAAGAAAUAUUUGUUUCCAUAAUUAAGUUUUGUAGAAAUGAUGUUUCAUUUUGGUACACUGACAUCAAAGUUCGGUCUGUUUUAAAUAAAAGCAUUUGACAUACUUCUGUCUUUAGGUCUAAAUAACUUAUUUCUGUACUCUCAUGUUUAUAAAAUCUGUACUCUCAUGUUUAUAAAAUCUGUACUCUUAUGUUUAUAAAAUCUGUACUCUCAUGUUUAUAAAAUCUGUACUCUUAUGUUUAUAAAAUCUGUACUCUCAUGUUUAUAAAAUCUGUACUCUUAUGUUUAUAAAAUCUGUACUCUUAUGUUUAUAAAAUCUGUACUCUUAUGUUUAUAAAAUCUGUACUCUUAUGUUUAUAAAAUCUGUACUCUUAUGUUUAUAAAAUCUGUACUCUUAUGUUUAUAAAAUCUGUACUCUUAUGUUUAUAAAAUCUGUACUCUUAUGUUUAUAAAAUCUGUACUCUCAUGUUUAUAAAAUCUGUACUCUUAUGUUUAUAAAAUCUGUACUCUUAUGUUUAUAAAAUCUGUACUCUCAUGUUUAUAAAAUCUGUACUCUUAUGUUUAUAAAAUCUGUACUCUCAUGUUUAUGGAAGUGAAGAAUCCUUGUUCUCAAUGGUAGGUUGUCGCAGCACCUUUUUGACUGACUACUUUUUAUGAGGAUUUUGAAAGCCUUUGCAUUGCUUGACAUUUUGAGCGUAUCCGGAAAUUUGAUCGAAAGAAAUUUCGUCGACGGUAAAUUGAUCGACUGUAAUUUGAUCGAACGGAAAUAUGGUCGAAUCUUUUUUUCCCUUUUUACGUUUGAAUUUUGCUUCAAAUGUCUUUUUGAACGCAUUUUUUUGUUUUACUAUAUAGUAUAGUGCGUUCAAAAAGAAAUUUGACGAAAAUCUUAACGUGUGAACUGAAAAAAAGAUUCGACCAAAUUUCCGGUCGAUCAAAUUACCGUCUAUCAAUUUACCGUCGACGAAAUUUCUUUCGAUCAAAUUUCCGGUAACCCAUUUUGAGCACAAGCAAUAUCAUAACUAAGGGGGUGGAGAGUGUGCACUUUCACAGUAGGAUCAAAAAUCUUCAUCUAGUCAGUUUCAUGGCACGUGAGCUAAAUACAAGAGCAGGGUACCACAUUAGGGUACCAUCAGACUCAUCAGAGCAGGGCUAUAGAGCAGGGUGUCCACAGGGCAGGCAGACUUGUGGGAGAUCUGUGCGAUGACACCAUGAGUUUACCACACUGGGUGACACCAACUCUAGUGACGCCUCUGAACAUCAUAAAAAAAUUGUGUACUAGUCCGAAAUGGCAUAUACAUGUCGAGACAUGAGCUAAUCACAACAUGCUGGGUGUGCUUGUCUCUUACACUGGAUAGAUGCAUUGUGUUCAGAAAUAACUAUUUCAUGUAAAGGAACAUGCUUUAAAUAUAGUUUUAUUUAUGUCCUUUCAGCCCUCAUCACCCCCAAAAUUUUUAGUUUUAUGUUAUUUGGGGUAAUUUACCCCAGUUUGCCGACCCCUGGGUGUGUAGGUUAAUUUAUGGGGAUCUGUCAGACUGAAAAAUUAAGGAAGCGCUUGUUUAGAUGACGUGAAAUUCAGACAUGAUGAGCUGGCUGUCAUAUCUAUUCCAUCCCUGUAUAUUUUCUAAAUAUGUCUUGUUUAAUCCUAAGGAUUGUUGUGGAAUUUUUGUUGUUGUACGACUUUUUUAAAAACUAGAUCUCUGCUGCAUACACAUGGAUGAGUUUGAUAAAGCAAGGAAGAGUGAUGGCACUGAUCAGGAUACCUUGUACAUAUUUAACCAGACAUUCAGAGGUGAGAUUGAGGGGAGACCAGGUCGGCAUUAAGGGGAGAUAACAUUCAGAGGUGAGAUUAAGGGGGACACAGGACAGCAUUAAGGGGAGAUAGCACAACAUUAAGGGGAGACAGCCCACCAUUUGUAUGUGUAUCCUACUAUAUUUUUACGAGUGUAGUUUUCAAUCGGACCAAACCAUGUUGACAUUGAAUAUUAUCUCUUCACAGCUUUUUUGGUGUGUUAGUUAAAUGACAGGAGUCGUGCUAUAGUUUCUACAGAUUUUGUAAAUGUUAUCUUUCAGAGGACCUUUGCAGAUAAUCUGGUACUAGCCAUUUUUUUUGUUAACUCAUCAAAUAUGACAGAUUGUGGAUGUUUCAUCACUCCUUUCAUAAUUUCUGAAACAAUCUAAUUUUCUAAUAUCAGAACAAAAAUGUUACAACUAAUACGAAUGUUAAUCUCUGCAUAGACUUAUUUUAAGACCUAACAAAAGUACUGGGCUUCGUUUGUGUAGACUUUUCUUUAUAAAAUGUUGCUCUCGUUCCAGGUGGCAUGGGGGAUUCUUCACAUGAAGGAGUUGUUGACUGUGUGAAGACACAAUAAAACAGAGCAGCCAGUAGCUGGAUGUGGCACAGCCUAAAGACACAGCAAAACAGAGCAGCUGGUAGCAAGCUGAGGCGCAACCUCAAGCAUCUGCCAUGGGUUUAUGUUCCACGCUGGGCGACAAAUUCAGAGGUCACAGCUGACAUACUUGAGAUCAAGAUGUGUCUUAAGACACUAAAUAUUAAAAUUUCUCUUAGACACUAAAUAUUAAAAUUUAUCUUAUGACACUGAAUAUUACAAUUUCUCUUAGACAAUAAAUAUUGAAAUUUAUCUUAAGACACUACUAAAUAUUAAAAUUUCUCUUAGAGACACAACAUAUUAAAAUGUCUUUCAGAGCAGGAUGUUUACAUUUGAUGCAUUCAUUAGAUUCAAUGUAUACUAAACUUUGUAGCAGCACUAGAUCUAUGACUCAUGGGGCAUGUCAUAAAUAUAGGUCCUUGAUUUGAACAUUAUCACCCUUUACUGGCUCACCGAUUAGAUAUUUCACUUUUCUUGACUUGCUGUCUUUCUACUGGCGUAGAAUUAAUUCUUGACCUACUUUUGAAUAAACUAGCAUAUUUUAAUUCUUGACCUACUUUUGAAUAAACUGUCAUAAAUUAGACUGUUUACUUGUGUCAGAAUUGAUUAGAUUGAUUUCACUUUGUUGGAUUUGCGUCAGGAUUUUAACCAAUGAUUUAAAUGACUUGCUCAAUAUCAGAUCAAUCUUUACCAUGCCUUCCUUUCUUUUUAUGCCUUUCUUCCUGAAUCCCUUGCCUAGUCAAAUUGUAUACAUUUCUCCAGUGACAUAACAUUUAUUUAUUCAUUGCAAAAUAAUCCUAUAUUAUACUGAACUUGUAAGACAUUUUCACCUCUCUCAAGUCUGUUGUCAUCAUGAUCACUGGUGUUGGAGACAUUAGCCAGGACACAUCAUUUCUGUCUGUUGUUUCUUCUAAAACACCUGUCUGUGGGGGUCAGGAUUCCAAUUUUGCAGAUCCCUCACUGUCAUUCUACGUCAGAUCCUCCUGUUGUUUUAUGUUCCCUUGGCUGUCGGAGAGCUUAACACCAUUCUGAGUGCUGUCUUUGGAAUUGAGUUAAGUGGCACUCUACAGACCUAGACAGGUUCAUGGCCUCAUUUCUCCAUAGAAGAUUCACAAACAAGAAACAUGAAGAUUUAUGUUACUGUUAUUUCAUAGGGGAUGCAUCUGUGAGGGCUGGUUGAAGGAAGUGAGGCUAAUUCAUUUGCCUGCCAGCCAAAGGUUGGCACUUAAUGGAUUACGCUUAGAUUAUCUCCCUUGUAUGUAUGCAAUAUUUUAUUUCCCUUAUACUUAUAUUAUUGCAAUGUACUAUUUCUCAAUAUUAAAUUUGCUGCCAGGCAUAAAAAUGAUUUCUUUUCCUCCCUUUCCCGUGUUAGUUUCGUAAGAUCCUGUUAAAAAAAUAAUUCCUAGCUACCUCAGUUUUUAUUUGCAUUAUUUUAGCUGACAUAAGUAAAAAUGGAAAAUGUAUUGUACUUGAAAAAAAUGUGUGUUUCUCCUCUCCCAACUAUCGUACAUUUUUUGAGUAUCUCCCAUAUUUAUAACAUAACAUUGUGCAGUAUUUUGUUUACUGUCUAUGAAGGCUCCAUUAGAAAACACAGAAGUGUCCCCUUCAAUUUUGAAAUAUUUCCCAGAAUUUGAUCAACUGUUGGAAAAAAAAUCCAUCUUUCCUGUUUAUUUAAAGUGACGCAGUUUUUUUUUUUUUUUAGGAGCCAGAUUUGUAAGAGGGUACCAGGGCACUGAUCCUUAGCCGGAUAUCAGGGCACAUUUGCUUAGUUUCCCCUGGAUUAAACAAAUAGCUGUAACCAUGACAACAAGGGAAUGUACUGCAACCUGAAUUAAAAAUGAUUGACACAUUUCUCUUACUUUUUAAUUAUAUAUUUGAUCAGGCCAUUAUUUUGUUUUGAUUUUUAUUCUCUUAAAUGUGUUUUCUACAGAAAUGUUUUAAAAAAGAUUUUAAUUUCAAAUUGUUAUUGAUUUUUUGCUAUUGUUGAUUUUUUUUUUGCUAUUUUGCAUACAUGAAAAGUUGUUCCAUAAAGGUAUAUAAAUGUCAUGUGACAUUGUAGAAUUUCACACUUGCCAGAAACAGAGUUUUUAAUGUUCUUACCCAAGGGUUCAUAAUCACAGUUUUGACAUUUUUUCAAAUGUGAACUUGUGUUUUAUGGUUAUGGAGUGAACCGCACAGUUUGCUUGUUUAACCUGCAGAUUUAAUUGUUCAACUAGAACGUUGUGUGUUUAACCACAAGGUUUAAUUGUUUAACCAUGAGGUUUAAUUGUUAAACCGCAAGGUUUAAUUGUUCAACUGCCAGGUUUAAUUGUUUAACCGCAAGGUUUAAUUGUUUAACCGCAAGGUUAAAUCGUUUAAUAAUUGUUUAACUACAAGGUUUAAUUGUUUAACAGCAAGGUUUAAUUGUUUAACACCAAGGUUUAAUUGUUUAGCCACAAGGUUUAAUUGUUUAAUGACAAGGUUUAAUUGUUUAACCACAAGGUUAAAUGGUGGGCAAUUUAUGUCUGGGAAUAACCCUUUGCCACAAUUUCUUGCUGCAUAUAGCCUGGUGUUUCUUUAAACUUGUAUUUCUUUCACAUCAUUUUAAGGAUAGUCCCAUUAAACCCAUGUCAAAAUUGCUUGAUUGUUGCCCAAGUUUAGAACCAAUGACCCCCUCAUCCCCCU